AUCCCACCAAAAAAUGAACUUCAAGACUGGCCCUAGAAGAAUAGUCCUCGUCUGGUGGUUACUUACGGUUGUUGUCAUCGUGAUCCACGGACAAAUGGAUCGACAAUUUCCAUCACAGCGCUACUACGAAUCUUCAGAUCCGCAGGAGCGCGAAGUGGACGAAUUUGACCAAUACAACGAGAACGUAUUCAAUGAAAAAUACGACAUACCUUUUGGUCCUAGGCCUCAGCGACCAUCGUCUUACGGCAUGGAUCAAAUCAGCCGGAUGGGAGAGGAUUUCAGGCUGCGCAUGCAAAAUUUGAGAUCGAUGAUUAGCAGCUAUACUCGGUCUUCUUACGGUGGAGAAAGCUCAUCAUCGGGCGAUUACGAAGGAUGCUGCGAGAAACUGGACUUUCACACUGUCGUGCCCGGAUUCGUCCUGGUGGCCGUCUCUUAUUUGCUUCUAUUCUUGCUCAACGCCACCGUAACCAGCGGUCGCCGUCGUCGCAUGGUCACCACAUCAGAAGAAGAACAACAAAUGUGUUCUCUGGCCAUCAUUUCUCAUACGGGCCCCCAAAAUGGUGUGGUUGAAGCAGCCGAGACUGGCCACCAGCCGGAAGACAAAAACAGUAUCCACAGUGCGGAAGUUGAAACGUACAUUGACGAUGAGCUGGAAUCGGAACGUCAAUUGAAGCGGAUGUUGAGUUACGUUGCUCCUUUGAUGGAAAUUUUGAGAAGAAAUCCAACAAGUUCCGAGGAGUCUUCUGCUCGCUCAGUCCGUAAAAACAAACGCAAAUACUACGAUUUAUCUUACAACGACUUCGAUUACGACCGUAAUAGCUUCGAUCGCGAUAGCUUCGAUCGCAAUGGCUAUGGUGGUGGAGGAGGCUACUGCUGCCAGCAAAAGGACGAUCUUCUCCCUCUGUUAGCUCUUCUUGGUCUUGCUGGUCUUUUGCUUUACCUGAUUGUCAUUGCCAGCACGACGACACCAGCACCGGCGGUUCGGUUCAGGAAACGCUCCGCCGAGGAAAACGAAGACGAAGGCAACUGGAUCUUGACGGAUGAUGAAAAUAUUGUGUUGCUGGAUGGUCCAACUUGGUUGAGCAUGGUCCACGAAUUAUGGGAGCAGGAUGCAGCCCUCGAAAACACGGUGUGCACUCAGGAGACCUUAUGCAGAAUGAAUCGCUUAGCUAUGGCUGCACCAGGGCAAGCCGGAUGGGCCGUUUCACUAUCAAGUUUGCCUCUGAGCUAUCUAUUACACACGCGUCACACUGGUGGAUUCAGCUCAUACAUGGAUGCAGCACUGAUGGGCCGUUCAGGAGCCAAUUGCACCGAACUUUAUGCGAGUUGUCCACGCUUAUCAUACUAAAUGAAUCAUGUCACACGAACGAUCUUUGCUAAACACAAGUUUUAAAGAGAAUAAUUUCAAUUUUGCCCAUGUUUACAUUUAUUCGCUUACUGCAGAUAUUACUAAUGUAUAUGGUCUACUUUUGAUAUUGUUUAUGUGCGUUGGAAGACGCCUAAAUUUUUAAUCUAUGGUUUUUUAUGGGGUGGUGGAUGCGGUCUACCUUGACCAGUGGAAUAGAGUUAAAUUUACCUACUUGUAUCAUUACUUUUGCCUAAGACGCGAAUAAACAUUUUUUGGUAUCA